UUUGGGCUUUUGUUUCUACCUUGUACAGUUCAAAUAAAUGUGGGUGUUGCAUUGAGGCAUUGUCUCCUGGUCACUCCAGGCUGCCUGAGCUCAGUUUCUGCCCAGCCUCCAGACCUCCUGCUCCCUGCCAGGGAUCCUGACCCCUGCAAGAGCCGCGGGAGCCUGAGCAGGAGCUGCGGGGCGGGGCGGCACUGGGCAAAGGCCCCGCCCCUCUGGCCGGCAGUGCCCGGCGCGCCCAAGCGGUGGCGCCGCCAGGCAGUUAGGCCGGUCUGGCCCGCCCGCCUCGCUAGUGCGGCUGCGCGGGCGGGGGCCGGAAGUGCGGGCGCAGCUACAGCGCGAGUCGGGACCGCGGUCGUGGGCGGGGGCCGGGCCUGCACCGGGGUCGGGCUGCAGCUCCCGGCGGCCAGCAUGAAGCGGGACGUGCGCAUCUUGCUGCUGGGCGAGGCCCAGGUGGGGAAGACGUCGCUGAUCCUGUCGCUGGUGGGCGAGGAGUUCCCCGAGGAGGUCCCCCCCCGGGCAGAAGAGAUCACCAUUCCCGCGGACGUCACCCCAGAGAAGGUGCCCACCCACAUCGUGGAUUACUCAGAGGCUGAGCAGACAGUCGAGGAGCUCCAGGACGAGAUUCACAAGGCAAACGUGGUGUGCGUGGUGUAUGACGUGUCUGAGGAGGCCACCAUUGAGAAGAUCCGAACCAAAUGGAUCCCACUGGUGAAUGGGGAUACCAAGAGGGGGCCCAGGGUCCCCAUUAUCCUGGUGGGCAACAAGUCGGACCUGCGGCCGGGGGGCUCCAUGGAGGCUGUGCUGCCCAUCAUGAGCCAGUUCCCCGAGAUCGAGACCUGUGUGGAGUGCUCGGCGAAGAACCUGAAAAACAUCUCAGAGCUGUUCUACUAUGCACAGAAGGCCGUGCUACACCCCACUGCUCCCCUCUAUGACCCUGAGGCCAAGCAGCUGAUGCCCAAGUGCGCCCAGGCCCUCACACGCAUCUUCAGGCUCUCAGACCAGGACAUGGACCAGGUGCUCAGUGACCAGGAGCUCAACGCUUUCCAGAUGUCCUGCUUCGGGCACCCUCUUGCCCCACAGGCCCUGGAGGACGUGAAGAUGGUGGUGAGCAAGAAUGUGGCAGGAGGCGUGCAGGAUGACCGGCUGACCCUGGACGGCUUCCUUUUCUUGAACAUGCUCUUCAUCCAGCGAGGCCGCCACGAGACCACGUGGACCAUCCUGAGGCGCUUUGGCUAUGGCGACUCGCUUGAGCUGACGGCCAACUACCUCUGUCCACCGCUCCGUGUGCCCCCCGGAUGCAGCACCGAGCUCAACCACCGCGGCUACCAGUUUGUGCAGAGAAUGUUCGAGAAGCAUGACCAGGACCGGGAUGGCGCCCUCUCGCCAGCAGAGCUGCAGAGCCUCUUCAGCGUGUUUCCUGCUGCUCCCUGGGGGCCCCAGCUCCCUCGCACGGUCCGCACCGAGGCCGGUCGGUUGCCCCUGCACGGGUAUCUCUGCCAGUGGACUCUGGUGACCUACUUGGACGUCCAGCACUGUCUUGAGCACCUUGGCUACCUGGGCUUCCCCACCCUCUGCGAGCAGGAUUCCCAGGCCCACGCCAUCACAGUCACCCGGGAGAAGAGGCUGGACCAGGAGAAGGGACAAACGCAGAGAAACGUUUUCUUGUGCAAGGUGGUGGGGGCCCGCGGAGUGGGCAAGUCCUCCUUCCUGCAGGCUUUCCUCGGCCGUGGCCUGGGGGAUGCUGGGGAGCCUGCCGGGGAGCCCUCUGCCUACACCAUCGACACCGUGCAGGUCAACGGGCAGGAGAAGUACCUGAUCCUGUGUGAGGUGGGUGCAGACAGCCUCCUGACCGCCUCGGCCGACGCCACCUGUGACAUUGCCUGCUUGAUGUUUGACAGCAGGCACCCCAGGUCCUUCUCGCUGUGCGCCAGUGUCUACAAGCGCCACUACAUGGACAGGCAGACCCCCUGCCUCUUCGUCUCCUCCAAGGCUGACUUGCCCGAAGGCGUCUUGCUGCCUGGUCUGUCUCCGACUGAGUUCUGCCGUAGGCACCGGCUGCCCGCCCCCGCCCUGUUCUCUUGUGCCGGCCCAGCCGAGCCCCGCGCGGCCAUCUUCACCCGGCUUGCCACCAUGGCCGCCUUCCCGUGGGUACCAGGAUCGAAGCCCCUGUGUGGGAGACCCCUCCCUGUCCCAGGAGAGUGGCACAGCUGUGGUGUCAGGACUGGAGUCAGUCAAGGUUGCAGGGUGGGCCUUGGUGCCCAUGCCGAUGCCCAGGCGGGGCCCUCGGGGCCUGGCCUCACUGGCUGCUCUCUCGUCUGGGGGUCCUGCCAUGCUGGGCACUGACACGGAGCAGCUGAGUGGGGCUCUGGGACUUUGUAGGAGACGGAGGUGGGGGUACAGCAGCAAGACUCCCCUCUCUCCUGCAGACACCUUGUCCACGGGGAGCUGCACGCCACCUCCUUCUGGCUCCGGGUGGCGCUGGGGGCCGUCGGGGCUGCCGUCGCUGCCGUUCUCAGCUU